GUGACAUGACACAGGCUUACUUUGCAAUUGAAGUUCUUGCCGUUUGCGUGAUUCUUUGUUAGGAAAACACAAUAAAUGAUAUAAUUUCUAACAGUGAGACAUCAAUUUAAGAUAUCAUAUGCAUUAUCGUUCUCAGUGUAAUUACAGUCUCGUCUUGGCGCACGUGCUGAUAUGUUUAUUGUAUGAUUUGUUACUUUUUGACUUGUGAUCUUUGCGUUAAGUGAAUAAUUAUUGUUUUUAUAAACACAAUGUUCCCUUUAGUGAUAAGGAUAUAUUACGCCUUAUUGAUUACCCUUAUUUUUUCCGCCGCUAAUGGAUUGGAUAGAAAAAUAUCAUCCAUUCUGAAUCCUGGAUGCAAUGACUGUCCCAUGAACACUACAACUCUGGUGUAUGUCAGGGCUGAUGGUGAUUCAGACACUAUUCAUCAGAUAUGGGAUUUUACACGACACCUUCCAACAAUGGUGAUGUCUGUUGGUAGUCUGAACUCCUCCUUAAACAUCAAGUGGGAUGGAACGGAGCCAAAGGACUUCUCUUGGUCUGAAGAGCCUAGAUACACUUUUGCUACUGUUAUGGACAAAUUAAUUGAAUAUGAUGACUUAAACGACAAUGGUUACAUAAGCCCGCAGUAUCCACAAAAGGAAUACAGCUGCAAACGAAUCUCAUGGGCUCUUAAGGAGAGUAUUUUAACUGAACAAGAGGCAAUGGUACAUGUUGUUGGAACAGUACAUUCGGAAAGACAUGAACGGGACGGAUUUGUACAUAUGAAGGUAGAUCUGCUACCGUUCAGGGACUACGCAGUCGAACUGCCGCAUUUGAUUCACACGGCGAAUUCGUCCCUCGUGGAUAUCUCCCUAGUCAACUUGACCGUGUCCAAAGAGUAUAACGCAUCGAGGUUCGCGCUGCACUUCGUGCUGGUCAGCACGGAUGACGCGAGCGAUACGAUGCAUUAUACUAUGCGCAAGAGUCUGGACGACGAACAUACGCCGGGCGUUUUUGAGAUAAUCGAGAUCAAGACUCCAUCGCUUUUUAAAAAUGAAGAGGGCGGCUACCUCCAGUUCCGACCGGUCGGCUAUACAGACGUAGAGCGAAAUGUUGCCAGCUCCACUAUGGCGCACGUCUCCAACUUUAACAGGUAA